AUGAACAAAGGGCCAGUGUCCCUCUUCAGGCGGCGGCGCGCUCUGGCGAAGGCAUUGACAGUGGUAGCAUCGAUCAUCACCCUCUCUGCCCGCGCAGCACAGCUUCCAUUCUCGGCUCUCCCUUCCGAGACUCGCGCAGACCCGACGCUCUUCCAUUCGGGGGACGAGCCUGCAUCUAAGUUGCGCCAUGCCUUGCUCCGCAUUUCAGCAUCAGCUCAUCUAGUGCAUGACCUGGCACGGAUAGCGGAGCAAGAUGCCGGUUUGGACGUCUGGAACUCCUCAAAGAGUGCUUGCAAGUCAGCUCAUUCCCAAGAUACGAGUGGUGCGCUGCAGGGCUGCAUUGACCUAAGGCUCGUCACACAUGGAGAAGAAGAUCCAUGCGAGAUGGCAGCCUCGAUGCUCCAGCUACGAGAUUUCACCAAGUCAGAGGAAGAACGAAGUGUUCGAUGUCGCAUCCUCAGCAGAGAUCUAAGCGAGCCAUUCUCCGCACAAAUUCCCGCACUCAAGGCAGCUGCGAACCAGACGCAGUCGGUAGAGUUUCCAGAGGGAUGGCUCGAGGAGUACCACGUAGUCGAGGAGUGAGUUGGCGACCUCAGUCGCGAAAGAUCUCUUCUGCAAUGGCACUGACCACCACCCCAUCUUCACGCUCGCUGCCAGCAUCGAUGCGCAUUUGGAUCAUCUCGCCGAGAAGUAUCCGAGUCACGUACACCUACGCCAGCUUGGACAAACUUGGGAAGGCCGAAGGAUACGCAGCGUGACCAUUCACUCGGGCGAGAUAGGAAAUGGCGUCAAGGAGUCCGAAGGCAGACGAGUUUCGCAGUCCAUCUUUGGAAACUCUCUGAGAUGGGACCGCAAGGAAUAUGAGCAGGCCAGUAUGAGUGCGGGAAGGAAGCGCAAAGUGAGACAGCAACGACCGCUGGAGCCGCAUGCGGUGGUCAAACCACGAGUGGUUGUAGUGGCCGGUGCGCACGCCAGAGAGGUCAGUGAGAGUGAGAGUUGUGAUGGGCCCGCCGAAUACUCACCAUGUGUAAAGUCUCUUGCGCUCUGCAGUGGAUCGCACCUGCAGUGUCUCUGCAGCUCAUCCAUAGUCUGCUCGAGACUCUGUCCAAUGCUCCCGAAAGCGCUUUGGCUUCGGAGCUCCCUCUCCGCAGGCGAAGGCACCGGUCCUUGCUAGAGACGUUUGAUCUCGUCUUCGUACCUCUACUCAAUCCUGACGGGUAUGCGCACACCUGGAGCGGCAUCGGCGCUGUGAACGAACGAGAUCCGUCAUCUCUCACUACGAUGCUCGACGCUCGUCUUUGGCGCAAAAACAGGCAGCGCACCAGGGGUUCUGUCAUUGGGUGUCAAGGCAUCGAUAUCGGCAGAGGAUUUGUGAGCGAGGCUCGGGAGUCGGUAGUCUUGCAUUCCGUUGUAGUGGCUCAUGCACCAUCUCUUUGCUAGCCCGCGCACUUCGCCUCAUCCUACAAUCCCUGCUCGGAGUCUUACUCCGGGUCGGAGCCGCUUGCUGCCAACGAGACCAUCGCACUCGCCUCUCUAUUGCGCCCGGCCACAGAAUCAGACGACGGAAAGGUGGUCGCCUUCGUAGAGUGAGUGUAGUCCCUCCUCGGCGGCAUUGCGACUACUGGGCGCAUCGACUGAAAGUACGCCUCGUUCUGCUGCAGCCUGCAUUCCUAUGGCCAACAGCUCACACACCCUCCUGCUUGGUCGUGCGACGCUCCGAAUCGAGACGAGGAGGAUUUGGAAGAGCUGAGCAUCGGAGCAGCCAGUGCUGCGCGUCGUGUGCAUGGGCGGACGUGGUGGAGCGGCAGAACAUGCGAUGUAAGUUCGCUCUUCGUGCCAGAGCCUGCAAGGAAUUGGCGCGUGGCGAGUAGGCCUGAUCGAAUGCCGUGUCUCCCAGACACUCUAUGCAAGCACGGGUCAGGCAGUCGACUUUGCGUACGAUAGCGGUAUCAAGUGGUGUGAGUGAAGACCUUCUCGAAGUGCAUGCACCCCACGCUUUCUCGCCAAAAUUGACCGAUACUGCGCUCCUUUAGCCUUCAACCUGGAGCUGCGCGACGAAGGCGAGCACGGAUUGUGAGUCAUCGCUUACUCUGUCGCAGUCAAGCGCUGGUCUACCGUUUCUGACGCUACUUGGCUCCCUUUACCGUGUGGAAGCUUGCUGCCUGCCACGCAAAUCUUGCCGUCUGCCCAGGAAGCCGAGGCUGCCCUGGGCUACAUCUUGCACUUCGUUGCAGCGAAAUUACGUGGCAAGGCGCCUGGAAGAGGGGGCAAGCACUAA